AUGCUCAGACCCGUCGGAAACGGCCACGGCUUUGGAAACCUCACUACGUGCGUCAGCGACGGCGAGACAGACCUCGACUCCUACAUCAUUAACCUAACGAACCUCAAAACACUUCGAAAUCCACGACAACCACACCGCCACAAUCGGCGGAGGCUGGGAUCUGAUCGAUCUCAUUCCCGCCCUCCAAGAAGAGGGAUUACAAGUCUCCAACCUCGGCAGCGAGGUGGUAUCCACGUUAUUAAUAAAGAUCGCAACCCGGACCUGCUGAAAGCGUUCAGCAUCGCCAUCGAGGCGAUGGGAAUCAUCAUAGAAGUCACGAUCAAAGCGGAGCCAGUAUCCUACAUCAAGAGCACGACAAACUACGAACAAGUCAACAUUCUCGGCCCCAAUCUGGACUGGAACGCGACGACCCACGGACUCGUUCCGGAAACAAAUUUCACCAUAAUCUACUGGGAAGAAACCGACGUCCGCGUAGGCACAGCGUACGUCGACUACGCACGAUCACAAUCUGUGCGGAUGAGUCCCUACCUCAGCACGGAUAUCAUCGGCAAGGGAAUGAAGGGGUACGAGAGUGACGAUGCGACGGUCAUCACGCAAAAUAUCAAGGGCGAUGACAUCUGGCUGCAGCUGGUGAAUACGUAUAAUCUCCCUGCGAAUGCGAGUGGGGGUUUCGCGACGCUGGAGUACUCGUGGAUUCCGUCGCAUAGCACUUUCACGAUGCAGUGGUUUUUCCAGAACUUGACGAUUACCGAGGAGUCUAAUCUCAUGAUGAAUAGACUUGCCGCGUGGCAUGAUGAAGGCCACCGCGGAGUAACUGCGAGAUCUGAGCUUGUUGGGGAUGCUGGGCCAGGAGCUGAUGCUUGGUCUGGGCGUGGAGGUGGCGUCGAGACCAAUUUCCAGUGCAAGUGGCUGCGGGACAGGUGCAGACCUUUUACCAACAAACGCGACCGCAAGAUCGCACGGUCAACAGCCAAGACUUCCCGCUUCCCGGAGAGCAGACAGUCGGGGCCCGGUUUCCUGUUUGCUGCAUGCGCGCCCGGGGCAUCGACCGGACUGAGGAGGAAACUCAAAAGAGAAGACCAGUUCCACGGCCGAUCAAACACUGCUGGCAUGCUCGGACUUGGUCCGAUUCCAGUGAACAAAUCGUGGGGGAAUAGCCUUUGGGCAUCACCAGCUCUCCACUUCUUCCCCGGACCUCAGUGGCUUCGCCUCCGCAAGCUCCAUGGCACCCACCUCCAGUUGUUCCACCGUGGGGGUCUCGCCGCGGCCGGCUCUGCCUAUCACGAUAUCCGGCUGAGCGAAGGCGAGCCACGAGCCUCGUGUCUCUCCGCAUGGCUGCGAUCGCUGCUGUCCAUCAUUGGCGCCGGCCACGCAGGAGAAAGCCCCCACGUCCAAAUCAAAGUGCGAUCGCUAUCUGGAAGGAGGAUAACUCCCGAAUGCUAG